AUGUCGGGCAAGCAAGCAAAUAACCUUCCGUAUGACUGCCCCAAGGUCACCAUCCAUCCCAGUCGAACGAUCCAUCGGACAUGGGUCUACGCACACAUCAACGGAUGGACCUCGCAGCACAAAGGCACGCUGAUCGAGAUCAAGGGCUUGACGAUCACAAUCAGGGAGGAUGAUGGGACGCUGGUGCAGCUGCUGUCGCGGUGCUUGACACAGUCAGAUGUCAUGAUUCUCGAUGCCGUCGGUUCACUUCCGUUCGAGGCUGGGGCUGGGGUAGUCCAUAGGUCGCCGAAACAUCAGCGUCGCACGGGAACGAAGAGGAAGCGGGAGGCGGAUGAAUCUGGUAAAGACGAGGAAUGCAGUACGGACGAGGGGCAGGAGGAAGCUCUUGAGGACAAACAAUGA